AAUAAAAAUACUACCAUUUGCAAUUCUGAAAGCAUUCCAGGAUCGCCUAUAGGUAAUAAUAAACUCUUAGAAGAACGUCUCAGACGCUACGAAGAUGAAGCAGGUCAAGUUAGUAGUACAUCAACAUUAAUAGACAGAGUUACAUAUUUAAGAAAAAAUAGAGAAAAUGAUGUAUCAAAAGCAAUUACUAAUAUUGAAGAUUCAAUGAACGUUGAUCUUUGCUUCGUUCUAGAUUGUACAAAUUCUAUGCAAAGUCACAUCACAGCAGCGAAAGAACACAUAAUAAAAGUGGCUAGUUACGUAAACAUCUAUAAUUCAAAUAUCAAAUUCUGGAUUGGUUUCUGUGGCUAUCGUGAUUACGGCGAUGGCGAUCGUCGUUUACAGAUUUUUGAUUUUACUAACUCUCUAGAGAAAUUUAAAAAAUAUAUAACCACUAAAGUGGUGGCUGCUGGUGGCUGUGAUGAACCAGAAGAUGUCUUAGGUGGUCUUGAUGCAGCGAUAACUCAGAUGACAUGGAGCAAUGCCACUCGCGUUCUUAUUCAUAUCGGUGAUGCACCACCACAUGGUCGUCGGUUUACUGAUUUAACAGACAGAUAUCAAGAUGGUGACCCAAAUGAACUAACUGCAGAAAGC